UGGGCACCAGUCCGAGCGCCUGCCCUGUCUCCCUGCGGUCUUGUCCCGUCUGCUCCGUUCCCUGGGCUCUUAAUUGUUGCUCCAGCUUCUUUCAGGUCUGCGUGUCUGUAGCUCUCUUUGAGGCCUGAGAAGGAGGAGCAACCUGUCCAGAAUCUCAGCAGGUCCGUGAAGAGCCCCCAGGACAGGAAAAGGAGGGGAAAUCUCAACAUGGAAAAACUCUGCAGUGAAAAUGAAGGAAUGCCUUCCAACCAAGGAAAGAUGGAAAACGAAGAAAAACCACAGGAUGAGGGAAAGCCAGAAGUAGCUUAUACUCUGGAAGACGGGGAGAAGUUAGAAAACAAGGCAAAGACAGAAAAUGAGGAAAUGUCAAAGGAUAAGGAAAAGCCAGAGAGUGAGGGAAAAGCAAAAGAAGGAGGAAAGCUAGAGAGGGAAGGAAAGCCAGGGAGUGAGGAAAAGUCAGAGAGCAAGGAAGAGCCGAAAGAGGAAGAAAAGCCAGAGAGUGAAACAAGGGCUGCAGGAAAACGCCCAGCUGAGGAUGAUGUACCCAGGAAAGCCAAAAGAAAAACUGACAAGGGGCUGGCUGAGUACCUCAAGGAGUAUAAAGAGGCUGUACACGAUAUGAAUUUCAGCAAUGAGGACAUGAUAAGAGAAUUUGACAAUAUGGCUAAGGUGGAGGAUGACAAGAGAAAAAGCAAACAGAAAUUGGGGGCAUUUUUGUGGAUGCAGAGAAAUUUACAGGACCCCUUCUACCCGAGGGGCCCAAGGGAAUUCAGGGGUGGCUGCAGGGCUCCACGAAGGGACAUUGAAGACAUUCCUUAUGUGUAGGGCCCCAGCAGGCGUUUACCAGGCCCUGUGCUUUAACCUUAUACUAAUACUUUACCAGGUAUCCUCCUGUUAACCAGCAGCCUUUAGACCUAACUGCAGUGCUCUAAGUUUCAGUAGCAGAUUUUCAUCUGUUGCAUGGAAAAAAUGUUUAUGGUGCAUUGUAAAAUUAAAAAACACAACUUGCAGAACCAAA